GCCCGGCCCCCGCGCGGCUGCCGGGGCCGGAGCUCCACAGCGCCCGCUGGCUCCGGGGGCCGGUGGAAGUCGGACCUUCCCGCGACGGGCGCGGCUGGGAGCCCCGCGCCGAGCAAACAGUUAAGGCAGCGGGGGGAGGAGCCAGGCUACCGGCCGCAAUUAAAGAUGAACUUUGGGUGAACUAAUUGAUCUGCCCAAGGUGGGGUGGGCAGCGACCUGGGGAGGGCUAUAAAAGGGGCCCCGCGGCGGGGCCGGGCCGGGUCGGGCGCUCCGGGCUCUCGGCGGCAGGUAGCCAUGGGCUUCGCGCUGCUGGCCAGCGCCCUGUGCACGCUGCUGCUGCCGCUGCUGCUCUUCCUGGCCGCCGUCAAGCUCUGGGGUUUGUACUGCGAGAGCGGCCGCGACCCCGGCUGUCCGCUGCCGCUGCCCCCGGGCACUAUGGGGCUCCCCUUCUUCGGGGAGACGCUGCAAAUGGUGCUGCAGCGGCGCAAGUUCCUGCAGGUGAAGCGCAGGAAGUACGGCUGCAUCUACAAGACGCACCUCUUCGGCCGACCCACCGUGCGGGUGUUGGGCGCCGACAACGUGCGGCGCAUCCUGCUGGGCGAGCACCGCCUGGUCGCCGUGCAGUGGCCGGCCUCGGUGCGCACCAUCCUGGGCUCGGGCUGCCUCUCCAACCUGCACGACGCUCGGCACAAGCAGCGCAAGAAGGUGAUCAUGCGGGCCUUCUCGCGGGACGCGCUGCGGCACUACGCGCCCGUCAUGCAGGAGGAGGUGAGCGGCUGCCUGGCGCGCUGGCUCGGCCGCGGCGGCGCCUGCCUGCUCGUGUACCCCGAGGUGAAGCGCCUCAUGUUCCGCAUCGCCAUGAGGCUGCUGCUGGGCUUCGAGCCGCACCAGGCCGACAGCGGCAGUGAGCGGCAGCUGGUGGAGGCCUUCGAGGAGAUGAGCCGCAACCUCUUCUCGCUGCCCAUCGACGUGCCCUUCAGCGGUCUCUACCGGGGCCUGCGCGCGCGGAACAUCAUCCAUGCCAGGAUCGAGGCCAACAUCCGCAACAGGAUGGCCCGUGCUGAGCCCGGGGGUGGCCCCAAGGACGCGCUGCAGCUGCUGCUGGAGCAGGCACAGCGCCAUGGCCAGCCGCUCAACAUGCAGGAGCUGAAAGAAUCUGCCACAGAACUCUUGUUCGGAGGCCACGAGACGACUGCCAGCGCUGCCACAUCUCUGAUCACCUUUUUGGGGCUUCACCCAGAGGUCUUGCAAAAAGUGAGAAAGGAGCUGCAAGGGAAUGGGUUAUUGUGCAGCCCAAACCAAGAUAGCAAAACGCUGGAUAUGGAAGUCUUGGAACAGCUGAAAUACACAGGCUGUGUCAUCAAAGAGACCCUCCGACUGAGCCCCCCUGUUCCUGGAGGAUUUAGAGUUGCACUCAAGACAUUUGAGUUAAAUGGUUACCAGAUUCCCAAAGGCUGGAACGUUAUUUACAGUAUCUGUGAUACACAUGAUGUGGCAGAACUCUUCACCAACAAGGACAAAUUUAACCCUGAUCGCUUUAUGUCCCCUUCUCCAGAGGACUCCUCUAGGUUCAGUUUCAUUCCUUUUGGUGGGGGCGUGAGAAGCUGUGUGGGCAAAGAGUUUGCAAAAAUCCUUCUCAAAAUAUUUACAGUGGAGUUGGCUCGUAACUGUGACUGGCAACUCUUAAAUGGCCCCCCAACAAUGAAAACUGGGCCUAUAGUCUACCCUGUGGACAAUCUGCCUGCCAAAUUUGUAGGCUUCAGUGGCCAAAUCUAAGCAGUUCAGGGGUUGCUUCUAGCUGAAGUUCUGUACAUAGCAGUGUUUUCCUGUAAAAAAAAAAAAGUCUAUUAUGUAUUUAACUUGUAAAUGUAUAAUAGUUAUUUAUGUCUCUUUUAAAAUAUUUUUUAAAAGCUAUGAUGUAUCCUAUUUUAAUGGUGUCUGUGUGUGUAUAUUUUCCCCUUAGUCCCCUAAGCACUAUAAUUAUGGGUCUCAGGAUCCAUAAUUAGACAACUUAUUUCUAUAGAAAUGUUUUCCCCUAUCAUACUGAAAUCUUGUCAUCUUAGCAUUUAAUGAUGUUUCAGGACAGGGCAUACAUUCAGGUGCACUCAGAUUCAUAAUACAGGCAUAUUAAAUCAUGGUAACUAAUUGCUCAUCCAGAAUUCAUGCAGGCUUGUAUGAAUUAGGAUGUUUUCAGUAUUACUUUUGAUAUUUAGGAUUUAUGGUCAAUGUAUAUGAAUUUUUCAGACUACAAUAAAGUCUAUUUUUUAAGA